AUGAAUCCCAUCCUGCAGGAAUCCAACGGGAAUCCCGUCCAGUCUGAAGAUGAUGAACAUGAUGACGUUUUUGUCUCUUUUCAGAAACACAAGGAGACGGUGUGUCCAGCGUUCCCGGUGUCGUGUCCGAACCUCUGCUCCUUCUCCUCGCUCCCCCGCAGCGAGCUGUCCAAUCACCAACACGACUGUCCCAAAGCUCAGGUGUGCUGUCAGUUCCACCGCUACGGCUGCACCUUCAAGGGAUUGAACCAGGAUCUGAGGACACAUGAGUCGACGUCUGCAGCUGAGCACCUGAGGAUGAUGGCCAACAGGAGCUCCGCCUUAGAGACCAAGGUGGAGGACAUUAAGGUGGAGCUGGUGGACAGGUAUAAAGUCCUCCCUGCUCUCAGCAGCCGACUGACUGAUCUGGAGAAACAGAACGACGAGCUGAGAGACAAGAAUCGGCAGAUGGAGCAGAAACUGGCCGCCAUGCAGAAGCUGAUGAGCUCCCACUCUGAGAAGUUGCUGGAGACGGAGCUGGAGCUGCGGUCUCUGCGUCUGCUGCGAGACGACGUGGAGACGCUGAGAGCAGCGCUGGAGACCUCCCGCACCAGGCUGUCUGCCCUGGAGGGGGGGCGGGGCGGGGCGGGGGCCGCCACGCACACGCUGGCGUCCCUGGAGACUCAGCUGAAUCGCCAUGAUGACAUGCUGAGUGUGCACGAGAUCCGAUUGGCCGACAUGGACCUGCGUUUCCAGGUGCUGGAGACGGCGAGCUACAACGGGACCCUGAUCUGGAAGAUCCGGGACUACGCCCGCAGGAAGCAGGACGCCGUGGGGGCCAAGACCUUGUCCCUGUACUCCCAGCCCUUCUACACCGGAUACUUUGGAUACAAGAUGUGCGCCCGAGUGUACCUGAACGGGGACGGCAUGGGCAAGGGCACGCACCUGUCGCUCUUCUUCGUGGUCAUGAGGGGCGAGUACGACGCCCUGCUGCCCUGGCCCUUCAAGCAGAAGGUGACCCUGAUGUUGAUGGACCAGGGUCCGACCAGGAAGCACCUGGGCGAUGCGUUCAAGCCCGAUCCGAACAGUAGUAGCUUCCGGCGCCCGGCGGCCGAGAUGAACAUCGCGUCCGGGUGUCCUGUUUGUGUCUCAGAGCGUCCUGGAGACAGGAAGUUACAUCAGAGACGACACCAUCUUUAUCAAG